GCGGAGAGUUUGAAAUGAAACUUAGUUUGGGGCUGAAGACUCGGGGGACGCGAAUUUAAGGGAUUUCAGGAUGGCCGAGCAGCAGGACGCCAUAGUCCCUGAAUCCCAGCAGCAGAAGGAGGAGGAGUCAUUGAACGAGGAAAUGGAUGACGACGUGGAUGCCGGACCCGACCGCAGUACAAAAUUUUUGUUCUUCUCUAAAAAAAAGAAAAAUGACUCAGAGAAAACGUCCAGAGAGAUCCAGCGAAUUAUUAACAAAGAACAUCAGUACACAAUGAAUUAUGGGAAAGUCGGCAAAUGUAUCAUCAUCAACAACAAGAACUUCAAUGAGAGGACAGGAAUGUGCACACGUAAUGGGACGGAUAAAGACGCCGGUGAUCUCUUUCGCUGUUUUAAGAACCUGGGAUUCGAUGUAUCGGUUUAUAACGACAAAAAGUGCGAAGAAAUGGAAACACUGCUGUAUAAUGUGGCGCAACAGAAUCACAGCGACAGCGCCUGCUUUGCUUGCAUCCUCCUGAGCCACGGCGAGGAAGGGCAAAUCUACGGCACCGAUGGGGCGAUGGCAAUAAAGACUCUGACCACCCUAUUCCGAGGAGAUAAGUGUAAAAGCCUUGUUGGGAAACCAAAGCUCUUCUUCAUCCAGGCCUGCCGGGGCUCCGAGUUCGAUGAGGGGAUCCAGACCGACUCAGGACCCACCAACGACUGCAUGGAGACGGACGCCAGUCCCAGAUACAAGAUCCCGGUGGAGGCCGAUUUUCUCUUUGCUUAUUCAACAGUACCAGGUUAUUAUUCUUGGAGAAACCCGGGUCGGGGGUCCUGGUUCGUCCAGGCUCUCUGCAGCGUUCUCAAUGAUCAUGGGAAGCAGCUGGAGAUCAUGCAGAUUCUCACCAGAGUUAACUAUAUGGUGGCCACCAACUUCGAGUCCUGGUCCGAUGACCCGCGCUACAGCGAGAAGAAGCAGAUACCAUGCGUGGUGUCCAUGCUCACCAAGGAGCUGUACUUCUAGAGGACGGCAUUCCGGACCCCCGGGGGUCACAUAUAUUCAGGGAGCCUCCAGGCAAUAGUCAAUACGGAAGAAUGGGUCUUGGAGCGGAUCGCAAGAUCCUUCCAGAAAUUUAACGUUUCCUAAUGUCCGUGUGAUGUGAUCGUCCGUCUUAUCUAAGUUCUGUGAACUCCACCAAUGGCGUUAAAGGGAAUCUAGAGAGGCGUCUCCACCAUGUGGACUACACAGCUAAUCCCAUCAACAUGAAGACUAUCCCCAGUAUCCUGCCCCCUCCCAGGACUCAAUCAUUCUGUUCUGUAAUCUCAAAAUUUCAGCUGUAUCAGUAUUCUGGGAAAGCUGGGUAACUUUUGGCAGCCGCCAUGAUGGUUUCUACAAGGGCUGUCACUCAGCUUUUUCAUAGACAGAAGAGGAUGACUCAGGGACUUACAUAAACUGGGUGGGAGUUGUGUGUAGGGGCGGGGUGCUCCUUAAAGCCCUACAGAUAUUUGGGGGUACCACCUCUGAAUACCCCCACCAUGGUCAGUAUAUCUAUAAAGAAAAAUGCUGAAAUCACUGGAAGUAAAGGAAACGUCAUUACAUGAAAGAUUAUUGAAACCAUGUGAUCCGAGAAGUAUCACUCAGCUACAUUAAUUACAUAUCCCAGCCCCCCCCCCCCCCAACAAAAUCCCCCCCAAAUAACCUCCCCCUGCACCGUGAACCAGGAUAUGGACGUAUAGAAAACAGAGAAGACAAGGACCAUUCAAUCACUCCAGGGGAGAAAUUGUAAAAGUAAACUUAAAAGGGAACACCGGAGGGAAAAAAAUGUUUCCAAGUCAACUGGUGCCAGAAAGUUAAACAGAUUUGUAAAUUACU